AUGUCUUUGAGUUCUAAGUUGACAGUCAAGGAUUUGGACGUUGCUGGUAAGAGAGUCUUCAUCAGAGUGGACUUCAACGUUCCAUUGGACGGUAAGAAGAUUACCUCCAACCAAAGAAUUGUUGCUGCUUUGCCAACUAUCCAAUACGUUUUGGAACACAAGCCAAAGGCCGUUGUGUUGGCUUCCCACUUGGGUAGACCAAACGGUUCUCCAAACGACAAGUACUCUUUGGAACCAGUUUCCGUUGAAUUGUCCAAGUUGUUGGGCAAGCCAGUCACUUUCUUGCACGACUGUGUCGGUGACGAUGUCACCAAGGCCGUCAACAACGCCAAGGACGGUGAAGUUUUCCUAUUGGAGAACUUGAGAUUCCACAUCGAGGAAGAAGGUUCCAAGAAGGUGGACGGCCAAAAGGUCAAGGCUGACAAGGCCGACGUUGAGAAGUUCAGACACCAAUUGAGCUCCUUGGCCGACGUUUACGUGAACGAUGCCUUUGGUACCGCUCACAGAGCCCACUCCUCCAUUGUCGGUUUCGACUUGCCUCAAAGAGCUGCCGGUUUCUUGUUGUCCAAGGAAUUGGAAUACUUCGCCAAGGCUUUGGAAAACCCAACCAGACCAUUCUUGGCCAUCCUAGGUGGUGCCAAGGUCGCUGACAAGAUCCAAUUGAUCGACAACUUGUUGGACAAGGUCGACUCCUUGAUCAUCGGUGGUGGUAUGGCCUUCACCUUCAAGAAGGUUUUGGAAAACACCGAAAUCGGUGACUCCAUCUACGACGCUGCCGGUGCCGAAUUGGUUCCAAAGUUGAUCGCUAAGGCCAAGGCCAACAACGUCAAGAUCGUCUUGCCAACUGACUUCGUCAUUGGUGACAAGUUCGCCAACGACGCCAACACAAAGGUCGUCACCGACAAGGAAGGUAUCCCAGCCGGCUGGCAAGGGUUGGACAACGGUCCAGAGACCAGAAAGGCCUUUGCUGCUACCGUUGCCGAAGCCAAGACCAUCGUCUGGAACGGUCCUCCAGGUGUCUUCGAAUUCGACAUCUUCGCCAAGGGUACCGAAGCUCUAUUGGACGCCGUCGUCGCCUCCUCUCAAGCCGGUAACACCGUCAUCAUCGGUGGUGGUGACACCGCUACCGUCGCCAAGAAGUACGGUGUCGUUGACAAGAUCUCUCACGUCUCUACUGGUGGUGGUGCUUCUUUGGAAUUGUUGGAAGGUAAGGAAUUGCCAGGUGUCACUUUCUUGUCCAACAAGCAAUAA